CCUAAGUGGGACGGGCGAUGGGGAAUAGCUUGCCUUGGCUCCGUCCCGUUCUCCACUUUUAAUGAGCACCGCCGCACAAACCGGACCAUGCAGACAGAGUGAAGGUGGACCAGCUCAUCGCGCAUACCUACAAGCAACACACAUGCAUGAAGACCUGGAUAGUCCCUAAAUGAGCGCCGCAACCAUUUGAAAACCAAGGAAAACCUGCCGCUUCUUAGGAAUAUUUCAAGACGUUUCAGGAGGUAGUACAAAGACGUCUGACAGACUUGCCAAACCAGCCCUCCUCAAGAUGACCAGAGCAGCGCUCACUGCCAUCUGCCUUGCUGUCCUGGUCUUCUGCAGCUGUGGAGCCAAACCCAACGGAUCCAAGACCAAGAAGCCAAAACAAGUGAUCCCUACCAUCGAGUGUGAUGUCCGCGCAGGGAAAAUCAACCUUCCAGAGUUCAUAGCUAAAUGUCCCGCCAGCUGUAAGGAGGCCAAACAGCAGGUGUACGGGACAGGAGUGUUCGCUUCCAUCUCCAGCAUCUGUAACGCUGCCAUCCACAGUGGAGUCAUAACCAACUCUGGAGGGAAGGUGAUCGUGAGGAAAAUGGCGGGACAGAAUAUCUACAAGGGAAGUCUCUCCAACGGGGUCCGCUCUCUCUCCCUGCCCAAGUGGCGGGAAUCUUUUACGGUCUCAGUGGGGAAGCCAAAGAAAGGAGUGAUUUACCCCUCCACCCUGGACUACACCCCCUCACGACCCUCCACAGUGAAAACAGGUCAGAAGGAGGCCAAACCCCCCUUGGUCACCACCGUCCUGCCUGCCACGGUGGCUCCAGAGCCCACCACCACCAUCACGACCACCCCCCCCGAGCCCCCCUCCACCACCACGCCUCCACCCACCACCACCCCCCCACCCACCAGCACCACCACCAAGGCACGCGCUGUCGUCCACAAAGUCAGGGAUGCAGGGAGCAGUCAUCCAUACUUUGCCUCUGUGGCGGCAGCAUCCAGCCCAAGGCAGAAUGGCCAGGGAAAGGGUCCAAGCCAAGCAUUCAGAGGCGGUUCCUAUCCGAAUAGGUUUUCUCCGCGCGUCAACACAGGUGUUCGCAGGCCAGAAUCAGGGUCUAUCAACAGGAGACUGCCCGCCUCUCCCUCUGGUUCAGCUUUCAACAGGGUUCAGCAGGCCUCACCAGAGAGGGGCCAGGGCCAGGGUCAGAGCCAGGGUCAGAGCCAGGGCCAGGGCCAGGGUCAGAGCCAGGCCCAGUCUAACCCCACUUUUGCUCGGAGAGACUGGCCUCCGACCUCCUUCGCUCGUCCCGACUGGUACCCUGGGCCGAGGCGGCCUGCAGUAGCGGAUGCCACAGUCUUCUCCAGCUCACACUCAGACUCUAGUCGUGGUUCACCUGACUCGGGCUACACCUGGGCCGAAGGAGAUGCGUCUGAGCCAGCUCGUGAACCCAGGCCUGAUAUCUCAGAGUAUGACAGAUGGUUUUAUAACUUUGGACAAUACAACCCAGACAGCAGCCGCGGUAAAGUGGUCCCAGAGACAACCGUCACCAGAGUGGAGCCUGUAGACGCCUGGAAGCCAGAAGUCGCUCCGUAUGACACCGCAGGGUCCAGCGUCCGAGAGCAGGAUUCUAUCCCCAGAACCCCAGAGCCGGCAUCUCAGGGAGACCCAAACUGUAACGUGGACAUUGCCUUCCUGAUGGACGGCAGCUGGAGCAUUGGGAAGCGUCGCUUCAAGAUCCAAAAGGACUUCCUUGCUGAGGUGUCGCAGGUGUUGAAUGUGGGCAUAGCUGGACCCAUGAUGGGCAUCAUUCAGUUUGGGGACGAGCCAGUGACUGAGAUGAGUCUAAAGACCUAUUCGAACUCCAGAGAUGUGAAGUCUGCCAUCGAGAAGAUCGUCCAGAAAGGGGGUCUCUCCAACGUGGGGAAGGCCCUUUCCUACGUCAACAAGCACUACUACAGCGAUGCUAACGGUAACCGUGGUGGAGCGCCCAACGUGGCCGUGGUUCUGGUGGAUGGUUGGCCCACUGACAAGGUGGAGGAGGCUUCCCGUCUGGCCAGAGAGUCUGGCAUUAACAUAUUCUUCGUCACAAUUGAGGGUCCGGAUGAGAACGAGAAGCAGAACGUGGUGGAGGCUAACUUUGUGGACAAGGCUGUGUGUCGGACCAACGGCUUCUACUCCUUGCCCGUGUCCAGCUGGUUCACCCUGCGGAAGGCGGUGCAGCCCCUGGUGAAGCGCGUGUGUGACACCGACCGGCUGAUGUGCAGUAAGACCUGCCUCAACGCCAACGACAUCGCCUUCGUCAUCGACGGCUCCAGCAGCGUGGGCACUGGAAACUUCCGCACGGUGCUGCAGUUUGUGGCUAACGUCACACGGGAGUUUGAGAUCUCCGACACGGACACGCGGGUGGGGGCUGUACAGUACACCUACGAGCAGAGGCUGGAAUUUGCCUUCGGUCAGCACAACCAUAAGGCCGACCUGCUGAACGCCAUCAAGCGCAUCAACUACUGGAGCGGAGGAACCAGCACUGGCGCUGCCAUCACCUACGCAGCUGACCAGCUCUUCAGCAAGUCCAAACCCAACAAGCGCAAGAUCAUGAUCGUCAUCACUGAUGGCCGCUCCUACGAUGACGUCAGAGUGCCAGCGCUGGCUGUCCAUCGCCAAGGUGUCAUCGCAUACUCCAUCGGUAUCGCCUGGGCAGCCCAGGAUGAACUGGAGUACAUCGCCACCGACCCCGACAAAGAGCACUCCUUCUUCGUGGACGAGUUUGACAGCCUCUACAAGUUUGUGCCCAAGAUCAUCCACAACAUCUGCCAGGAGUUCAACUCCCAGCCCCGGAACUAAGCAGAGAGCAUGGACUGACCUGGGGGAGGGGAGAGAAGGGGGAGGGGAGAGGGGGCUGGACGAGGAGGGUGGGGAGGGGGGGAGGGGGGAGGGAGGUAGGGCGAUGGUGUUUAGAGAGGCCUACACUGUCACCUCAACUGUAUCAAACACAGACCAUGAGGCUUUUCAACAUGGCUGUGUAGAUCCAGCUCAGAAAACAGCAUGCUUGUUGACAUACACAUUUAUCCAAGCUAGGAUUAGAACAUUAUUCUCUUCUGAAGGGGUGGAUGUAACCACCAAUACAGCACAGUAGCAACGUUAGCUGAACUUGUGUUGACAUAGUUUACUAUCUUUGUGUCUGAAUGGAUCCAGACAACCUAGAUCAGUUCUCUGAUGUUCCAGGCUGUCAACAGUCCUGAACAUCUGAACAAGGACAUUACAGAAGAUAGUGGGCAUGAACAAUAAAUCCAUACGUAAACACAACAUAUCAUUGGAAGUCGUUGUUGGACAGAGAUUGGGCUCACAGUGUGGGCUCACAGUGAAGGGUGGAUGUUGUGGGUCACAUGACCACCUUGACCUUAAUUUCAGAAUAUGACUCUCUGGCUUAAGAGCAGUCAGGGUUAUGAGGAGGACAGGGCAACAUGAAGGGGAACAUGAACGACAAGUCAACUACCCCAUUGGGACAUGAUGCUUGCAGAGAAACAUAGACAUGAAGCAUGCCUAGCAUUUGUUCUUCUGGUUUAACGUAGCAUAAUAAACAGAAUAUGGUGUUUUUUUAAGGGGGAGUUUUGAUGUACGACUUCAUCCAGCUCUCUGUCCAGAGGUUGUGUUAUCUGAAUGGGACCAGACAGCGUAUGGGCGUCCAGGGAUGAGGGACUCAGAUUCAGCUCUCAUGUUGUCAUCUUCCGGUCAGGAUGGACUUCAAGUAUUCAGCUAUGCAUGAUAACAGGAAGCCGUUUGUGUGUGUAUAAGCCAUAACAAUCUAAUCAACAACAUGUUGGUACAAAUUUGAAGUUAUGAUUGGAGUUAUUAGGGAGCAUGUUAGUUGCAAUGUUUAGGUGGACACAGUGUGGUCCUAACCUAGUGUGGUCACAUGAUACCAGUCACUCCGUUAACCUACAGUGUGGUCACAUGAUAAGUCACUCCGUUAACCUACAGUGUGGUCACAUGAUACCAGUCACUCCGUUAACCUAGUGUGGUUCCCGUGGCAGAUAUUUGGUGUUGUUGAAAGAGUAUUUAUGAUAUUCUCCCUGUAAUGUUUGUUUUGUUUGUACAUAUGCAUAUUAAAAAGCCUUUUUUUGCUUGUAAUUUUUAAAUAAACCAUUUGAUCAAUAUUCUAAUGCAAUUUUUAAUAAAAUAAUUACGAAA